AUGACGUCUCCCUCACCUCGAAAAGUCGUAGACGGCAAGCCAAUUUACGCGACACGCCAGUUUGGAUUACCGAAAGAGUAUGGUUGUGUUGUCCUGGGAGAUUUCGGCUCUGCAGUCCGUGGUGACAAGCCUCAGAUCCAUGACGCGCAAUCAGAUGUCUACCGAUGUCCAGAGGUUAUGUUGAAGACUGAAUGGGGUUAUCCAGCUGAUAUCUGGAACGUUGGGGCGAUGAUAUGGGACCUAUAUGAGGAUAAACACCUCUUCUACGGCAUCGAUCCAACCGAAAAGCAAUACCUGACCAGAGCUCAUCUGGCGGAAUUAGUCGCGAUACUCGGUCCACCGCCGAUAGAUAUGCCAGAAAGAGGAGCGCGGAGUAAAGAAUUCUUCGAUGGUGAAGGUGAGAAUGCGCUCCCAAGGUACAGUGUAAAGCUAACCGAAGUUCUAUCAGGGAAUUGGAUAGCCGAGAUAAAAAUGCCGCAAGGCUUGACGUUAGAGACGUCAGAAGAGAAUCUACAUGGAGAGAAGAAAGAGGAGUUCUUGCGAUUUGUGAGGUGCAUGUUGCAAUGGAGGCCUGAAGAUCGGUUGACUGCGAAGGAGUUGCUUAAGCAUCCUUGGGUGAGAGGAAACCUGUGA